UCCUGUCAAAGAGAGGUAGUAAAAGUCAUUGAGGACACAGAGCCUGACAAAUAAAUUAUAACUAGUGACAGUGCUGUCGGUAAAUUAAGCAACACAAAAAUUAUGCCAAACAUUGUCGCAUUAAAGCUCAGCGCCAGCUAUCCUGUACUGGCUGGGAUCCAGGAGGAGGGCAGUUGGCUGGCCCUGGAUCAAUUGGCUCUGCAGCAACAAAUCAAUGCAAAUUUCAUUUUCCACGCGAUUUCCAACUACAAGAAGACCCCAUCCGAGCGAAAAACGCUGGACUUCAUUGCCAAAAAAUGGCUGCAGCUCCAGAUGCUGUGGCGCGAGUUCCGGCUGAGGGAUAAGCAAAUACGACGCGGCCACAAGGAUGCACGCUGGCUGGAUCACGGCUACUUCCAGCAGGAGCUGUACGAGCUGGUCCGUGAGAAAUAUAUGGCGGCUCGCGGCUGCCUCGGUCGCGACAAAAGAAAUCUGAGCACUGGCAUACUUGGUCAGCCGGAGCACCCAUAGUGUUUAUUCAGUCGCCGAGCCGGGGCACUGAAAGCCCGAAAAGCGCCCUUAUAAAAGCAGAAAAAAUGCCAGCAGGAAGAGGAUGGCCGGAAUAAGAAGUGGAUACAGACGUGUGAAAACUUAUUUUGCUGAAAAGCAGGCAUUCGUAUGUGGCAUCCACUGAAUCAACAGUUCGAGCCGAGAUGAUAUCCGUAUCCGUCAACAGAGAUUCCACCUCCGCUCCUGAUCCCGUUCCCACUGGCCCCACCUACGACAAUGGGCAAUCAAUCUGACUGGUCGUCAUCUAUACCCUAUGAUUGAUUGCACUCGGCCAAUGCUUAUCACAAUUACUAUGGUUUGCCCAAGGGUUAUACCAGUCAUGAUGACGUCGUUUGAAGUGGCGAGCUGUGACUUCUUCCCUUGGACAAAUACCCGAAGGAAGCAUAUUCUAUUAUUUUUUAAGUUGUAAAGAAAUAUUAAACGUAUUCAAAAGUAAA